AGCUUUUAUUUUGAAAUGUGUGAAAGGAAGCCCUGGUGUGCGUUAUUCAGGUAAGCUUGACGCAGGCGCAGAGCUCAUUUAACCUGCAGCAGCUGAAGCGUCUGCGACAGAACAAAGAGGAGAAAAUACUCAAAGCUUUUAUUUUAUCACCGGAAACAAAAAGGGUUCUGAUGGAGAAGUCCAACAGUCAGUACGACUCCUUCCUGUACUGGAGGCAGCCGAUCCCGGACCUGGACCUGGCGGUUCUGGAGGACCUGGGUCUGAGCGAGGCUCAGCCGGCCGACAGCGUGUCGUCCUCCCAGAGGGGUCAGGACGAGGAGGUGAGACAGGGAGGUCUGUCUGAGUUUUCCUCCUUCAACUAUUGGAGAGCUCCAAUCGUUGACGUGGAUUCUCUGCUGGCCGACCUCAACCUGCUGCUCUGAAACCCUCCGUCACCUGACCUCUGACCCCAGAUCACCUGACCUCUGACCCCAUAUCACCUGACCUCUAACCCUAAAUCAUCUGACCUCUGCCCCAAAUCAGCCUCACAUCACCUGACCUCUGCAGGUGCUCUUAUGUUCUCCACUAACACUGAAAGAAACAUGACAAAGUCACCAAAAUAAGAGCUUGAUUUUCACAAUAAAACGGCUCCCCAGAGAGAGAUCCUGGUUCAGAUUAAUCCUGUCUCCCUCUGCGUGCCUGUCUCUCUCUCUGUGUCUGUCUGUGUUUAGCCCCACACUCUGACUGUAAUGAGUUAGCUGGAGUUAGCUUGGACGUAUUGAUUAAUAAUUAGGUUAUUGAUUAUUGUGCUUUAAUGUCUCUGAAUGAAGAAACAGCAGGUUGACUUUGGAUGUUAAUGAUGAUGGAUAGAAGGAAGUCUGAAACGUACAGAGGACAGUGAAUGCAGCACCGGCCUCUCAAACAAUAAUUCAUCUUGUUUAUGUUUAAUCAUUUCCACAUAUUCUGAUUAUUGACUGCUAUUGGCUGAUUAAUGAUGUAAUUCAGUGACCAAUCAUUAAUGUUGAUUGAUCAGCUGAUUGUAAACCUGAGGCCACCUGAGUCCACACUGAAUCCAGAUUCUGGUCCCUUUGUGUGAACGAGGUGGACAAAAUAUCGGAAACACUGUAUUGAUCUAUUUCUGAUCCGAAUAUUUAAAUGAUUGAAGAAAUGUUUGUCAGAUUGUUUAUUUAUUGAUCUAUUUAUUGAUUGAUGGAGGAGGUGAUGUGUUCAAAGCCCUGACUUAAAGUUUUUGUUUCCAUUUGUGCCUUUUUGUUGUUUUAAUGCGGAGCUGCUUCGUCACUGUUGAUGACUGAUUGUUUAUUUGUUUAUUUAUUUAUUGGUUGUUGUGUUCUGCUGAGCCGGCCUCAAACUGGAGCCACAGGAAGGAAACAGUUCACCUGUCUGCACACCUGCCAACAAUAAAAUGUCCUUUUUUGAUCAAA